AUGUCCAAUAGUGAAAGGCAGCCAUUAUUAGAACCCGGUCAACAUGAUCCACUCAUCUCCCCGGUUAUACCCGUUUUCCCAGACAGUCUUCCAGGUACGACCUAUGAUAAGAACAUCAGCUGGACCAGUGCCUACAUCUUGGUGGUUUCAAGGGUGAUCGGGAGCGGCAUCUUCGCCACUCCUGGAUCGAUCGUGAAAUCCGCCGGUAGUGUAGGCUUGACACUCCUAGUGUGGCUGGUUGGAACUAUCCUAUCAGCAUGUGGCUUGUCAGUGUCAAUGGAAUAUGGAUGUAUGCUGCCCCGAUCAGGAGGAGAUAAAGUAUACCUGGAGUAUGCUUAUCGCCGGCCGAAAUUUCUCGCGUCGACUGUGGUCGCGGUACAUGCAGUAGUCUUGGGCUUUACGGCGAGCAACUGCAUUGUUUUCGCCAAGUAUACGCUAUUUGCCUUGAGUAUCGAGCCGACUGAUCUCCAAUACAAGGCUUUAGCGAUUGGACUUUUGACUGCCAUUACAAUAAUUCAUGGCUUCUUUUUCAAGACCGGGAUUAUCAUCCAGAAUGCGCUUGGGUGGGUUAAGAUAUUCUUGAUUGGCGCCAUGUCUUUAACAGGGGUUUGGGUGUUGCUCUUGCAAUUUCUCGGUGGUGAUAUCAAUACUUCGCCUGGGGCUAGGCGACUCAGUGGUGUCUCGUGGGACACGUUAUGGGAGGGUUCAAAUUGGAGCUGGAACUUACUAUCGACGGCGCUGUUUAAGGUCAUUUACUCUUAUGCCGGACUAAGCAACAUCAACAAUGUGCUUAAUGAGGUGCAAGACCCUGUUAGGACGCUCAAAACAGUGUGCCCUUCAGCUUUGCUUACGGCUGGUGGCCUCUAUUUGCUGGCCAACCUGUCUUAUCUUCUGGUCGUUCCGUUAGAGGAAAUCAAGAACAGUGGAGAACUAGUCGGGGCACUCUUGUUUGAGCGGCUGUUCGGUAACAUCGGAAGCACACUCUUCCCGCUUGCGAUCGCAAUCUCAGCCGCAGGAAAUGUUAUGGUAGUAACAUUUGCUUUGGCGCGAGUCAAUCAAGAGAUUGCCCGACAAGGUUUCUUACCGUGGCAGAAGCUGCUAUCCUCUUCGCGCCCCUUUGGCACUCCACUCGGUGGCCUAAUCGUGCACUAUGUGCCAUCUCUACUAGUCAUUGCGCUACCACCACAACAAGACGUCUACAACUUCAUCCUUGAUGUGGAAGGGUAUCCCGGUAAUAUCAUGGCGCUCGCCGUUACCAUUGGACUAUUGAUACUACGAUACAAAGAGCCAAGUCUCCCACGACCAUUCAAGGCAUGGCUUCCGGCUGUUUGGGUACGAGUUGUAGUCUGUAUUAUACUAUUAGUGGCACCUUUUAUUCCACCUCCAGGCCAUCAAGGAGACGUCCACUUCUUCUAUGCGACAUACGCUAUUGUCGGCAUCAGCAUAAUCAUUUUUGCUGUUCUUUAUUGGUAUGUCUGGACGGUGAUUUUGCCUCGGAGGGGAGGUUAUACAUUAGAAGAGACUGUGGAGACACUGGAUGACGGGACAACGAUUAAUAGGCUAGUUCGCUCGUUUCCCUCGCUUUCAAGAAAUUAA